AGGCCAGCGGCGCCCGCUUCGACGGCGUGGCUGCGCCGGUGGACCUCUCGAACAGGACGGACUUGGACGACUGCCUGUUCGAGUGGAUAAAGGUUAGCGUGGAUCUCGAGCCGCUCAGGAACCUGGGUCCGCUGCAGGCCCUGCGCCUGGACUGCCCGGCGCCCGCGAGCGAGCAGCAACAACAGCUGCACCUGCGGCUGCAGCUGCUGCUGCUGCUGAAGGGGAUCCUGUGGCUCUGCCCGCCGUGGCCUCUGUUCAUCCUGCUCCCGAGGAUGCUGCAAUCGUGCUGCUUCGUCAGCAGGGAUCUGAUGCUGUGGUUCGAGCGCAAGACCCGGGCGCGAGGCCGCGUGCGGCACAUGCGCACCCUGGCGCGGAGGUCCACGAGGGUGGAGGGCGCGUUCGGCCAGGGCGAGCCGUGCUGCAUCUGCCUGGGGGAGCUCUCGCGUGGCGAGAAGCUUAUAGUGCUGCUGCCGUGCAAGCACACCCUUCACCGCGUGUGCUACCGCAGCUGGCUGCUGACCGACACGUACCCCUCCCGCGACCUGGUCUGCCCCCUGUGCCGGUGCCGCGCAGAGGCGGUGGGCGAGCCCAGCGGCGGCUGACGACGCGAGGGCCCCGAUCCCUGAGGAG